UUUCCAUUGAGUUCCUAUCAGCGACUGUAUUGACAUCUCCAUGAUCCUUCGCCGCUUGUUGGACUGCGGCGGGUUUAAGUCAGAUGUUGAACGUAAACUCCGGAGCCUAACUCUUUGGAUGACAUUCACAUCCCAACUCCGACAUCUCCGAUCAGCAUCCGCCUGCCAUUCGAGAGACAUCAAUCAAUAUAGGAGUUCCAUGAUGCGUGCGAGACUCGGUGUUAGGACUUAGUGCUGCUAAACAUCAUUGGAAACAAGCCUGUACCAUUCGUUAUUUACGUAUACGUACACACUUAUAAUCCCGUUCAUUAUCUUCCAGCUCAUUCCCCCUGGAAACCCAGAUCCAACCCCACAAUGGCCACUCAGAACCCCAACGACAAAAAGGUCAUCACCAUCUUCGGUGCAACGGGAAACCAAGGCUCCUCCGUCCUCAAAACCCUCCUCACCCACUCCCAACUCUCUAGUCUGUAUACACCCCGCUGUAUUACGCGCUCCCUCGCCUCCCCGGCCGCGCAGCAACUCCUCCAAAAGGCCAACGUCGAGGUCGUAGAAGCAGACCUAUCGCGCCCGGAAACGCUCCCCGCAGCUUUAAAGGACACCCACACACUCUUCCUCGUAACCACCUCCAUCUAUCCCGGCCGUCCCGGCGAACCCGACACCGCGGCCCUCUGCGCCGAGAAGGAAUUCCAGCAGGCCAAGAACGCCGUCGACGAAGCCGUCAGACAAGGCGUCCAAUACAUCAUCUUCUCCUCUCUGGUCUCCCCAUUCGAACUCUCAAAGGGGAAAUUGGCAGGCGUGACGCACUUUGACGUCAAAGUCCGCAUCGAGGAGUACAUCCGGCAGAAGGAAGGCGAGACGGGCGGGAAGCUGAAGAGCGCCUUCUUCGGCCCCGGGGCGUUUAUGCAGAAUUUCCAGGGGGGUGGUUUCGCACCGAAGUGGGAGGAUGGAAAGGAUGGAGGAGCGUACGUGAUGAGGAAUCUGUGCAGUCCUGGGACGAAGGUGCCGUUUAUCGAUAUUACGGAGACGGGCCAGUGGAUUGCCCCGUUGCUGCUCCAUCCCGAGCGGUACUAUGGGAAGAGCCUCCUGGCGGCCAGCGAGUGGAAUAGUUUUGGCGAGGUUGCGAAGUUGAUAGAGGAGAAGACGGGGAAGAAGGUGAGGUUUGAGCAAGUUGCGAAGGAGGAUAUGGAGAAGUGGUUCCAAAAGGCACCGGAGGUGGGCAGGAUGGUUGUGGGGAUGUAUGUUUGGGUGGAGGAAGGGGGAUACUUCGGUCCUGGAGGGGAGGAGGGUGUGGCUUGGGCCAAGGCGCAGGUGGAGGACUGCGGAGGCAGGGUUAGUGGAGUCGCAGAGUGGUUGGACAAGGUGGGAUAUGCGUUAGACUAGAGUGGGACGGCUGAGUGGGUUGUCAUCUCGGUGGAAUAUGGAUUAAAGUCCAGCGUCGAAAUGAUUAGGAGCGCUAUUCUCGUCCAGAAGCGUUGUGAUUAUGGAGUUGGAGCUAUCAGAGCUUAGGAACCGGUCAAGUGUAACUGGCCAAAAGCCAUUGAGUGUUCCAUAAGUCAUACUGAGUUGAGAUUUGGAUCGAAGUAUAUAGAAAAUAUCGGUUGGUCCGAGUUGGGUAUCAGGUUAAU